AUGGGGUCAAUCGCAGAAUAUAUUCCAUCAGAGACAAGGCUCUUCAAGCCCAUCAAAAUCGGCCAAUAUACCCUUCAACAUCGCAUCGCACUUCCACCUUUAACGCGCCUCCGUAACAAUGAUGACCAUGUUCCCUUGCCGCUCAUGGAGAAGUAUUAUGCCGACCGUGGCUCGACACCUGGGACGCUAGUUAUCGCGGAGGCCACUGCAAUCUCACACGGCGAAGAAGGCGACUGGAAUAAUCCAGGGCUAGUCAGCAAUAAACAGGUUGAAGGUUGGCGCAAAAUUAUCAACGCAGUUCACGCAAACAAGUCAAUCUUCUUCCAACAAAUCUGGGGCAUGGGACGAGCCUCUCGACCUGAUCUAUUAUCUCAGCGAGGGUUCCCUUAUAGGUCUAGCAGUGCCGUUCCAAUGAAGGGGACUGAACAUGUACCCCAAGCCAUGACCGAAGAAGAAAUUCUAGAGACCAUCAGAUCUUUCGCUGAAACUGCGCAGCGGGCUGUUCUGGCAGGUGCUGAUGGUGUCGAGAUUCAUUCUGCGCAUGGAUAUCUUCUUGACCAAUUUUUGACGGCCAGUGUUAAUCAGCGUACGGAUAAAUGGGGUGGCUCCAUUGAAGGCCGAGCUCGCCUUACACUCGAGGUUGUAAAGGCUGUUGUCCAGGCUGUUGGUGCCGAAAGAGUGGCCCUCCGGCUCUCCCCUUAUGCUGGUUUCCAGGGAUCUGAGAAAGCCGACUUCCUGCCGCUAUAUACUUACAUCAUUGACGAGCUGAAGAAGAUGAAUGUGCAAUUUGCAUAUCUCUCUCUUGUUGAAGCGACCGGCGAUCCUGGAGCUUUGAUUUGGAACGAUAAAAACAUUCAUCAGGGCAAAAGUUUGAACUUCAUUCUCGAGUCAUGGAACAAUUUAUCACCGGUUAUUGUUGCGGGUGGUUAUACCCCUGAAUCUGCAGCUUGGGCAGUUGAGAAUACAUAUGCCAAAUGGAAUACUUUGGUUGCUUUUGGCCGACAUUUUAUCUCCAACCCGGACUUGGUUUUCAAAAUCCGAAAUGACAUACCGCUGACCCCAUAUAACCGGCCAACUUUCUACAACGUGAAAGAGUGGUCUGGAUAUAAUGAUUAUCCUUUCAGUCAGGAAUUUCUAGAGGCCCAUUCAGAUGCUGUACACCCAAUGACCAAGGAAGAGGGUCAUGGGGUCGAUAUCUGA